CCGUCGAUUUCUAGUUAGGUAGUUCCGGUUUCACUUCUGAUCAUAACAAAAACAAAACGUUGGCGAUCUCUGCUAGUUUUCCGACUUUUCCCUAACGCACAGGUCAUCAUGGAAAACAAAAUAUGUAGUGGAGGGAAGAGAUACUGUGUUCUUUGUUCAAACAGUCAAGGACAAAUUCUUGAAAAUGGCACCAAAAUUUCACUUCAUUGUUUGCCAGGAGGUUCUAGUAAAGAGGAUAUAAAGCGACGCUCGAUUUGGAUUCAGAGAAUAAAACUCGUUCGGCCAAAUGCUCCGAUUACCUCGAAUACAAGACUUUGUAACCUUCAUUUUGAGGGAAACUCCUGUACAAAAAGUGCAGUUCCUGUUCAUAUGGAUCUUUCCAAAGCAAAAAAGGAAAUCUCUUCACGUCGUCCCCUAUUUCGGAAAAAUUUGGAUGAAAAUAAUAACAGUGAAAACUCCGAUAAAAGUUCCAAUGCUAAUUUUGAUGUGAGUACUAUUAUUCAGAGCAUUCCAAGUAAAACUCAGGAUGUUUCAACCCAGUCUUCUGUUGUUCAUACAGAUAUCUCUACACAGACUAACAGUACAAAUACCUGUGAACAGGAAGAAAGUGGAACUCAAACACAUUUACCAAAACUUGUGCCUGAAGAUUUGGAGAACAAUGACGACAAGACUCGUUAUUACACAGGAUUUCCAAAUUUUGCAACAUUUUCAUUAAUUUUUAACUUGUUAUUACAACAUGGGGCAGAUAAAUUGACAUACUGGGAAGGUCAAAAGAGAACUACAGAAAUAGAGGACAGAAGAUAUAUUAAUGAAUUUACUUCCAAACCAGGAAGGAAAAGAAAAUUACGUCCAAUUGAUGAGUUUUAUUUAGUUUGUUUAAGACUUCGUUUAGGUUUAUUACUAGAAAUUUUGGCAGAUCUUUUUGGAAUUUCAAUAAUGUCAGUAUCAAGAACUCUUAACACAUGGAUUAAUUUUAUGUAUGAUCAUAUGAAAGGGCUUAUUCCUUGGCCGUCUAGAGAACAAAUAUUAGCAAAUUUGCCUUCAAGUUUUGUUGAUAUGCCAGAUGUCAGAAUAGUAAUUGAUGCUACAGAAUUUUUUUGCGAAAAACCUAGUAGUCUUACUGCACAAUACUUGACUUGGAGCGAAUAUAAAAAUCACAAUACUUUUAAGGUUUUGAUUGGUGUUGCACCAAAUGGUCUUGUUUCAUUUAUAUCACGUGUUUGGGGAGGUCGUGCAUCAGACAGACAUAUUGUUCAGAAAGAUGGUCACCUCUUUUUACCACUUCUUGAGAGUGGCGAUAUUAUAUUAGCUGAUAAAGGUUUCACAAUAGGUGACUUACUACCAGGUCACAUUGGUUUAAAUAUGCCCCCUUUUAUUGCUUCAAAUGCACAAAUGACUCAGAAAGAAUUUUUCAAGACACAACAAAUUGCAGCCCCUAGAAUUGUUGUAGAAAUGAAAAUGGAACAAAUUAAAAACUUUAAAAUUUUACAGAACGUACUUCCUUUGACUGAGGCACACCUUGUAGAACAAAUGAUUGUUAUAUGUACUGCUAUAACUAAUUUAUACCCCCCUUUGCUGAAAUAAACAGGAUGAUUGAAUCUGUAAUGUUUUGUAGAAUUUAAGAUUGUAACAGAGAAAUCUGUUCUAGUCAGUUGUGAGAUAUGUAGCUGUGCAUUUUUAUUAGGUCACCUGAGUGACUCAGUCGACCCUUUGCUACCUCUUUUUGCCCGUCAUCUGACUGUUGUUGGUCAUAAACCUUAAUAUAUUUUCAGCUUCUCCUCUGAUUUAUUGAACCAAUUUCAACCAGUUUUGGUAAAUUAUAGCAUGUUUGGUAAAAAAAAAGAAGAUUAAUGCAAUAUUCAAUAGUAUUCAUUUUGCUAGUAACAUUAAGCAGUAUGUCUUAUUCAUGUUAUUGUUUGCAUUAUUGUAAACUAGAUGUGUGUGUGUGUGACACAAGUGCUGUACCCCCACCAACAUGCAAAUGUAAAUAUAAUAAUGUGUGGAAAUGGAUAAAAAAACAAAAAAAUAUUUCAUUGAUUUUGUUUUUUAUGUCAAACCUUACUUUAAUAAGAACUGUGUGAAAUAAUGAUAGGUGACUACCAAAUCCCAUGGGCCUCUGGUUCAUUUAGAUAAUUAGACUUUUUUUUAUAUAUAC